AAGAAAAAUGGAAGCGGCAGUGUUCAUUCUGUCACUUGUGGACUGCUGUGCACUUAUUUUCCUCUCGGUGUACUUUAUAAUCACCCUGUCUGAUCUAGAAUGUGACUAUAUCAACGCUAGAGCCUGCUGCUCCAAGCUAAACAAAUGGGUCAUUCCAGAGAUGGUCGGCCAAUGUCUCUCCACUAUGCUGAUGUUGGUCUCGAUGCACUGGUUCAUCUUCCUCCUCAACCUGCCUGUAGCAGCAUGGAACAUUUAUAGGUAUGUGAAAGUUCCAAUGGGAAACAUGGGCGUGUUUGACCCCACUGAGAUCCACAACCGAGGUCAGCUCAAGUCCCACAUGAAGGAGGCCAUGAUUAAACUGGGUUACCACCUGCUCUGCUUCUUUAUCUAUUUGUAUAGCAUGAUCCUGGCUCUGAUCAACGACUGAAGCAGCCAUCGGGCUGUCAGAUUCCAACGUCCAGGCUUUGCCGUCUCCCCCUCACAUCCUGCUCCUAUACUGUAUGCAUACAAUCUUUCUGAACAGCAGAGAGAGGAAGUUUAUUGUCACUGAUUACUGAUCCACGCUGUUAUUUGUGUUGUCAGUUUCCCAGAGUUUUCAAUUGAAUACUGAGGUUGACAUUUAACCAUUUAGCACUUCAGUACCAUCAUGCAAAAAUCUCCUACAACAAGCGCAGUGUGAUAUUGUGAGGGGAUAACUAAUGAGGUAUCUUUUCAACCUCUAUAUGCAAUAGUGAGUAAAAACAACACUAACAUAGUGGCUGUAAGAAAUAUUUUCUCAGUAAAGUGAGCAAGUAGUCUUCCUAGAGCAGAGAUGAGCAGAAACAACUUGUAAAUAAGUCUGAUAUAACCAAGCACAGCACUGAGUAAUGAUUCUCUGUCUAUCUGAAAUUAAGGUGGAAUUCUUGAGCGUGUUGAUCCACCAAAGCCACAUUUAGAAAAAUGCCAAUGGUGCUUCAAACCUCAAACCAAAUGAUGUCCUCUUGUGAAAAGGACUGGAACCUGCUGUGGUCCUCUGCUGCAGCGGUUCCAUGCAAUGUGUGCUCACAGAUACUCUCCAGCAUAUGUAACUCACUGGAGGUUUUUUCUCUGUGACCUCCAGAGACUGUUGUGGUGGAAAUCAAGAUCAGUAUAUACUUCAACAACCCUGUCUGGCACCAACAAUCAUUCAACUAGGUCACAUUUUCUCCUCAUUCUUGUUUUUAAUCUGAAUUACUCAACCGCUAGAGCAUGUCUGCUUGCUUUAUUGCAUUGACCUGCUGCUGAUCAUCUUCUUCUGUAGCUGGCCGUUAAUCAACUUUAGGCUUCUCAACUACUGUUGCGUCACUCCACACGACUGCUUCAAUCAGUUUAUGAGGCUGUUAGAAGGACAUGGUGCACUGUUCAGUGUUUUAUUUGCCAGAAGCAGACUGAGGCCAUUACACUCAGUGAUCUACAGUCUGCUGUCACCUGUAGCUUAGCAGAGUCUGACAACAUCACUCCAGACAUUCCUUAUUAGUGACCGCUCGGCCGACUCAGUAUGUUAAAUAUGAUUGACCUUUUAGUCAUAAGGGUAUCUUUUAAUACAAUUGUUCCUUUAUUUCUCCUCGAAGUACAGUAAUCCUUUAGUGCCAUUUGCAAUUAACUUCAUUUUGAAACCAAAAACAUUAAAGAUAAAAUGAUUUAAACAAAUUAACUUACAAAUACCAUCGGUUGAGAAAAAGUCAUUAAAUAAAGUGUACAGUGUGUUAGACAAGCGCUCCCCCUGAACCUUAGGAACACGUUUCAAAAUCUCCACGUUCUGUUGAUCUGCUGACUGAGGCACAUGCCAAGUGAUCAACAUCAUUGUCAUCCUCUUCGUCAGUCUGGAUGUGCAUAUUUACAGUCACCUGCUGAUGGAGGUAGUCUUUUUAGUCUGUGUAGUCCAGUGCUCCUCUAUUUUUCUGAACUUCUCCAGUUCACAUGAUAUUUGGUCAACGUCUCAAAAGUUUACAAAAUGAAAUGCUGAAAUAGGAGGUUUAUGAUGGUGUUGAAGUGCAGAGAAAACUCUGUAAGCUGCAUGCUGCAUCAGUAAGCCUAUUCUGACUCCCUGUAUCUUACUCCAUCCCAAUCACUAACACAGCUCAGCCCGUGAUUGGUCCGUUUUAGUGACGCGGUGCUGCACUGAGUCAGUCAGGAUGAGGCUCACAGAGCUGGAUACUGUCUAAACUCAGGCUCAAAUGUUUAAAAAGGUUCUUCUAUUCAGUCUGGAAAGAAAAUAUCGUAUGAGUGGCGGUUUGAAUUGAACAAUGUGAUGUGACCUCAGUCAUGCACUGAUGUUGUGUUUACUGAAUGACCUUGGCAUUGAACACAUUGUAUGUCAAAGUCGGAUAAUCCUCCGAUCAGUAAGUGUCUCAGUGUUUCUCUGGGACGACAGAGGUCUGCAUGUGCUCUUUAUUUGGUUGAGUGUAGUCAGAGCAGUCAUGACUGUUCAGCGACCCACAGCUGCUCUGUUUUGUGUGUGCAGGUAUUCUGGAGCCAUUUCUCUCUUCAGUUGGGGUCGACAAGUUUAUGUCUGAUUCACACUUAACUGUCUUAUGCAGUGUGGGGCUUUUUUUGAGGAGAG